UGGCAAGUGCAAAAUUGUGAAGCCUCAGUACUGCACAAACCAGCGAGGCGCGUACGCGUAUUGAAAGCAAAGCUGUUCCCCGUUACCGUUACGUUUUGUAGUAGACACACGACACAGACACGAACACACACUAACAAAUCACAAAACACUUACACAUACAUACAAACGAAUUUCUAAGACUAACGCGCCCGCGCAUUGUAGCAAUUUUCUUUUGGCUGAACACUGAACCCGCCGUCGUCGCUGCAACAACAAAUACAACAAAAGCAACAGAAAUACAAUUACAACAAAUACAACGGGUCAAAUAGUCUGCACCAAUAAUUUUGGGUUUUGGAAAAGUGCAUAAAAAAAAAACAAUAAUUGGAAAUGCAGUACUCGAGCAGCUCGGAAAAUUACUCAUCCUCAAUAAGAGAUUCGCCCUCCAAAUGGAACGGACGUAACGACAAGAAUUAUGCGUACAAGAAGUCAUCGUACCAAUAUUCAAGCUCUGGCGAUAAUAAUGUAUCAUAUCAGAGCAAGGGCGCCGAUCAAAACAUCGAUCAGUUGGAUGCCCUGCUGGAGGACCUGAAACAGGAACGCCAGCACACAACAAGAGAACGCGAGAUUCUACCGGUUGGAACUACUUAUAGGACACUUGAACGCACUGAUCCAGCAGGCACUAUCACGAAGACAACGCGUGUUAUCAAGACCACGAAACAUUCGGGUGGCCAGCAGCCCAUCAAUGAUGAUGUCGAAACCUUUAAUCCAACCGACUACAGCACACUGCAGUCCACGGCCAAGUACUCCAGCUUUCAGGAUAACUUAAAGCGUGACGAGUUCCAGACCAGCGAGAAGCCCUACACGCUAGCCCACUCACCCGGUGGUCAGUAUGCGAGCAAGACCAAAAUCUAUGAGAGCAAUCGCACGAUCAACAACAAUGUGGAGCUGGUGCCGAGCACCGUGAGCACCACUCAGACGCUGACCAGCAAUGUUGACAUAGACAAAGAGCUGCAGGACAUUGCAUUGGGCGAUGGCAUCUUGCCGGUGCCUGGCACCAAGGUGACCACCACGGUGCGCACCUACACCUAUGAGAUACCGUCGACUGGUCCCGGCAGCGCCACAAGCACCAUCAAUCGCACCAGCAACAACAACACGCUGAGCAGCAGCUACAAACACCACGAAACACUCAACAGCAGCCAGAACUAUACGCAGCUAUCGCCGUCUCAUGUGCCCCAGACGGUCGUCUAUAACACGGAGAGCUACUCCACGCUCAACAGGCCCAACGAUCGGCCGCUGGUGAGCAAUCAGUCGUAUGAGAUUCGCGAGCACAAGGAGACGACCACGCGCGGCUUGAGCCCGCAGCCUCGCCAGCUGCCGCUGGGACCAGCGGUCAGCCCGAGUGGUGUGCCGCCCAACUCCAGCCGCACCGUCAUCUACAAUAUACACAAGACGGAUAAUGUGAAUACGGUGAACGACCUGCGCUAUCCGCACAGCCCGGCCCAUAGCCCCAACUACGGCUCGCCCCACAGUCCCGGUCAGCCUGGCCAGCUGCCGCCGGGUGGCACCAAUCGCUACUAUUUCAAGGAGACCGAGACCUCAAAUACCGUCAAUACCAUACACGGCCCGCCCAACGGUGGCGUACCAUACCCAGCGGAGCCAGCACAUCCGGCACCACUCAAGCAGCUGCCCAGCUCCAACUAUCCGCAGCCACAGACCGGCAAUGGCUAUCCACCGAAUAAUACCACCUAUUCAUAUAAAUACUCUUCCACAACGAACACAAACACACGCCGAGGACCGGGCCCAGACUAUGGCUCGCCCUCGCCCUUCCCCGUGGACGGCGUCGAGUAUCCCGUGGGCAAUGGCAAUCCGCCACAGCGUGUGGACGAUCUAAUGCAAUCCUUCGGCACUACGGAUCACGUGGACCGCGUGGAUAUUGAGACGCCGGUUCGCAAGCGCGAGAUUGAGACAGCCGUCGCAUCGCCACAGCAGCAACACGUGCCCUCUGUCAACAAGGCUGGCAAGGAGGUCUACUAUCCGCCUGGUCAUGACACAAUCAUAACCAGGCGCGAAGAGAUGCACGCAGGCUCUGCGGGUGGUGGUCGCUGGGCCAAGGGAUCUGGCAUGUACGAGUACGAAUCGGGCUCGAAGUCAAAGACGAAAACCAAGUCUGGUGGCGCUGUUGUGCCCCUCUGCCUGCCCCUCUGCUGUGCCAUGCCCUGCUCCAUAAUGUGAACAGCGCAGCGGAUCGCAGCGCUUACAAUUGUAUAUAGGAUUCUCUAAUAUUGCCGUUAAUAAGUCUAACGCUAAUUCCUGCCCUCCCCCCGCGUACAGCUUGUCGUUGUUUAUAUAUAUAUGUUCGUUUACCUAACCA